AACAACAGCCGCAGCAUCCCUUGUGGUUGACUCGCCAUGAAGAUCACAUCAGCGCUCACAUUGUGCCUGGGCUUCGCGCUUGUGUUCCUCCUAGGCUCUCCCCGGCAGUGGCCACCACGGCCGGGCCGGUGGCAGUUUGAAGAGUUGGCCUGGCAAAGAUUGAGCCUGGAGGGCCUAAAGGGCCCGGAGUUUGAGGAUGAUGUUUCAAGGUUUCUUGCAGCCAACGAUUCGGACGCGGACACGCUCCGCAUGGCCGACGUCUUGGUGGUCUUAGAUUUCACGGUCUCGGCUUGGCAGCGACAGCAACAGGCGGAGUUUGCUGCAGCCCUGGUGGGUAAUGCCUCGGCGACGAAUUCCACCUGGCGCCUGAACUUUGGCUUCGUGCUCCUUAAAGGGAACGUGAGCUAUGAGUUGCCGCUGACGGAUGACUAUUCGAUGCUACAGCAACAGCUGUUGGAUCCCAGCUUCACCACCGUCCCCGACCUGCCGCCUGCGCCGGUGCCACUGCGCUUCGCACGACGCACCGCGGAGGCGCUGCGGCUCUGCAGCGAGGAGAUCGACCGGCGCGGCCUUUUUCCGCCCGUGAGCACGGCGCUGCUGGUGCUGACGGCUGGGGCGUCGGAUGAUGCGGAGAAUGUGCCAGGAACCAUUGAACGCGCCGCCGAGUUGAAAGUGGCCCAGAAGGCAGUGAUCUAUGCCAUGGCCCUGGACGAGCCCGGAAGCCGCACGCCCUCGCGCACCUUGGAGCUGGAAUGGAUGGCCACCGACUCAUCCAAGGAGUUCAACCUGGUUCUACCCCCGGCCCCCACGACCACUGGCACCGUGACCACCGCGACCCGCACCUCUGCGACCUCUACGGCUACGUCCUCCACGAGGACGACGUCCACAGCGACGUCGAAGACGGUGACAGGGACGACGUCCACGACACAAACGAGCACAACAAUGACAAGUACAUCAAUGACAAGUACAUCAUCAACUGCAACCACGUCAACUGCAACAACAUCAACCAAGACUUCUUCAACCCAGACCACGAUCACGGCAACGACUACAUCGUCGACAUCCUCAUCGGCGACAAAAACAACAUCGACAUCGUCAACGAUAACAGCGACGACGACAUCGUCGACAUCGUCUUCUGCGACAAAAACAACUUCAACAUCUUCAACCAUUACGGCAACAACAACAUCGUCAACAUCUUCAUCAGCAACAAGAACAACUUCAACAUCAUCAACUGCAACUGUAACGACCUCAACAUCGUCCACCGCAACCGCAACGUCAACAUCGUCGACAUCCUCAUCGGCAACAGUAACAACAUCAACAGCAACAACAUCAACGGCAACUACCUCAACAGCGACCUCUGCAACAACUACAUCAACAGAAACUACAUCCACAACAACCUCAUCAACAACGAAUGAAACUGAAAAUGUAACCUUUACAACCACAACAGCAGCAACAACAUAUCAAGCAAGCAACGAGAGCAAUGAGACGGCAACAAUAACUUCUACAACUGUCACAACAACAUUUCUAACAGCGACGACGACUGAUGACAGCAGGCGAUUGUUUGGAGACAGCAACGCUAUCGACAGAGAACUGGGUUCGAUGAUAGAUGACAGCAGGCGAUUGUUUGGAAGCAAUCCUGUCGACAUCAGAGAUUUGGGUUCAUUGUUGGGUGUCGAACUGCUCCAGUUCUUCGCUGAGCUUUUCGUUUCCCUGGAGACCACCAGCAGCACUCCAUCUGUGCAGGUCCCGAGCGCCGGGGGCCUAGCGGCUGGGAUCGUGGUGGCCAUCGUGCUCAGCACCUGCUGUUUCAUCGCUGUGUUGAUGGGCAUCGCCUUCUUCGUUUGGCACUCCAUGCGGAGCUCCGGUGCCGUCAUGGACGAGUUCCACCCAGUCGAGGUGGUGCCGCCGAUGCCGGCGCCGACACCGGCGCCAGCGCCGCAGCCGCCACAGCCACCAAGAGAUGCCACGCAGAAAGCCUUGAAGGAGGCCAUCGACAUGCAAGACAUCACCAGGCUUCGUAAUUUGCUGUCCGAGAUUUUAUUGAAAGGCUGGCCAGAGAAGAAGUAUACCGAUUUGGUGCUGAAAGCUCUAGAAGUUGUUGCAACUCUGAAGGAGUCCGCAGCAGAGGUUCUGGAACAGGCACUCUCUGAGGGAUCCCUUCCCGGCUCAGCCUUGGCCGACGCCCGCUUCGCCGGCGUCGAGCGCGAGCUGCUGAGCCGGGCCGAAGGCCUGAGGCAGCGGAGCGGCGCCGGUGCCACGGCGGGGACGUUGGGAUAAGCGCGGAAGCAAGGCUCCCUGGACCAGUUACAUCCAAAUCAUCC